AUGAGCGAUAUUUACGUUCGCACUAUUGUGAAUUUUGUGGCUCGAGGAGAGGUGAAAGUUUGGCGAACUCACAAGCCUUGCACAGCUCUGACGUCGAAUCCUUUCUGCGAUCGCCAAGUCUUCCAGAGAUACACGGAUCUCGAUCCCAAUCAAGUGAUCGUUUCUGUCACCAAUGAAAUUAACCAGGAAAUGGUGAAAUUGUGGUCUCAGAUUGAUGUUGGCGUGAAUGCUGUAAAUCUACCGCCUUGCACUGGUGGAAAUUGCAAUUUGUGUGCAAAUGCUGGAUGCAUUCGCGGAAAGUACGAAAGUGGAAGAAUAAAGCCUUACGAGGCUUUCUAUGGAAUUCCUUAUGCUGAACCGCCAGUGGGAAAAUUGAGAUUAGAGAAUCCUGUGCCGUACAGUGGAUGGAAAGGAUACUGGGAUGCUUCGUAUCCUCGAGACGAUUGUUAUCAGAUAAACUACUUCUUACCAGAUACGCCCAUUCUGGGAUCAGAGGAUUGUCUCUAUCUCAACGUUUAUCGCCCAAAUACUUGGAAAAAAGACAAGAAACUUCCCGUGAUAGUGUGGAUUCAUGGUGGUGGCUACGUAUCUUUUUCAGCCAGUCCCAAAUAUUUUGGACCUGAUUACUUGAUGGACAAUGGAGAAGUUAUUCUUGUGACUCUGAACUAUCGAUUGGGUUUUCUGGGCUUCCUCUGCUCUGAAGAUGGAGCUGUGAAAGGAAACUUUGGAUUGAAGGAUCAGCAACUUGCUCUUGAAUGGGUGGCGAACAAUAUUGCUUCGUUUGGCGGUGAUGCCAAUGCAAUAACUCUUGCUGGUCAAUGUGGUGGAGCUGCAGCAGCCAAUCUGCAUAUGUUGAAUCCAAAAUCUCAAAAUCUUUUCCAUCGAGCUAUUCUAAUGAGUGGAAAUGCCAUUACGCCGUAUAAUUAUCCGAUUGAUUUUGCGGCCCAGUUUCGUGAAGCUGCCAAAAAUGUUGGUUUGAAUGAUUGGGAAACUGCUUCUUCCUUCACUUUGGCCAAACAAUUGAAGAGAGUCGAUGCACUGAAACUCGUGUCAGCAGUGAGUGAAAUAUUUGUUUUUGCUGGAACGCCUCCAGUUCCUGUGCGUCCGUGUGUGGAAGGAAACUGGGAUGGUGCAUUCCUGACUGAGGAUCCUCGCUUAGUUUGGGCUGAAGGAAGAUUUUCCCAGAAACCUAUUAUGAGCAGUUUAACUAGCAAUGAAGGAAGCAUUGAAGCGGACUUGGUUAUCAAUGACACAUUAUUGCAACAAUUCAAUGAGAAUUUAUAUAAUCUUCUUCCAAUACAAAUGGAUUUUCUGCCACGAUAUACAUUUGAUGUAUUAAAAUUUUAUUUUGGAGACAAAGAAUACAUCGAUGAUACGAAUAGGGACAGUUUUUUGACGGUAUACUGA